GGCAUCAUAUAUACAUAAGGCUGAAAUAAGAGAAAGAGUCGCCUCGCUCCAUCUAUUCGAAAAGAAAGGCAUUCAAUCGACCCUUCCUUCUCUUCAGGAACAUUUUAUAUUAAAACGUAUCUGUGACACUUGCUUCCCAUGGUAACUACGCACAAGUCAGUCGAACUACGCGAAUCCAUAUCAAAAUCAGUCAGGGAAUAAAAUAAUAAACCAUGUCCAACUCGAGAGAAGACAACGACGUCUCAGCCUCGACCGAGGACCGCGUGAAUGCUGUUCGCGGAUAUAAGGCGACUCUCCAUAAUCCCCGCGUGUCUGAUCAAGCUAAACAGCAUGCCCAAGAUGUUCUGGACAAUGAGCUCCAGGGCGAUAAGCCGCGGCAGGAUCUGUAUUCUGCUAGAGGCGAUCCUAAUAAAGUCGGGUUCCGCGUUGCGGCUGGGUUGAAAGCAGCUCAGAAAAAUCCCCGGAAUAGUGAACGGGGUAAGCAGAGGGCUGGGGAAAAGUUGGAUGAAAUGAGUAGACAGUCGGAGGAGAGUUCAUGA